CGACAGUGAUGGUACACAUGGGUACAAAGGCUUUGCUGAAAUGCCCUCCUAUUCCAUCAACAAAAGGAAGAAGUAUAACAUGGAAAGUAACCAAUGGAGGCAGGUCUACUUGCAUAAUGCCCUACACAAUAAAGCAAUGUCAGAUCCAGCAUCCCCAGCAGCUCCAGCAUCCCCAGCAGCUCCAGAAGACCCAGUCUGAAACCAUCUGUACUGACAAGAGAAUCACCUGGGCCGCUAUACCUGGCCAGUGUGCUAACCUUCAGAUCAAUACAGUGGCCCUGGAGCAUGAUGGGAGUUACUCAUGUGAUAUAGAAACACCUGAAAAGAAUUUCCGAAAAGAAUAUGACCUUCAAGUGCUAGUGCCUCCUAAAGUAGCCAUGUUUCCAGGAGGAAAUGGAACUGCAGUGUGUGAGGCAAUUGCAGCCAAGCCAGCUGCACAGAUCUUUUGGACUCCAGAUGGAGAUUGUGCCGCUAAGAAGGAAUCACACAGCAAUGGCACAGUGACAGUCAGGAGCACAUGCCACUGGAAGCAGAACCAUGUGUCUGCUGUGGUCUGCUUUGUCUCCCACUCGACUGGCAACCAUAGUCUGUCCACAGAACUGAAUAGAAGCACCACAAGCUCCCUGCAGUCCUUGCUGACCAUUCUCUAUGUGAAACUUGGCUUCUUGGUAAUUACUCUGCUCACUGUAGGAUUUGUGUUCUUCCAGAAGCGAAAUGAAUUCAGAAAAUGAAAACCUAGAUUUCUGGAAAUCCAUUAGUCUGAAGAUCAGUACAAGAGAACAGCCACCUGCAAUCAAGUUUCUCAUUGGAAUCCAGCUUACCUGCUCCUUCUGUCUUCAGGAUUGCUAGAUUCAUUC